GCCGCUUGUCGACGCUUAAACACGCAGCAUUGCUCGAGCUCGGCAUUGAUAACCCACCAAAUAAUAAUUUUUGAACGACUGCGCAAGUCUGCGCAGUCACGCGAGCCACCCAUGCGCUCAGCGCUGCUGCUCAGCCUAGCAGCCUCGGCAGCCGCCACACGAGUAACCAAAGACCAAUGGCAAUCCGAGGCCCAAGCCGCCCUCAACGACGCACGACCGCUGUCUUUGGAAGCUGCUGAGAGCGGCUGCGUGCUCACCAUCUCCGGUAAUCGCGUGACCACCACGUCCGACAGCCCGCUGAAACUCUGUCGGGUGGACCACGGCGGCGACGUCGACGCAUCAAAAACUGUCAUUUUGGCCAUGGUCGACUCUACGAAGUACCUCGAAACGAGGGGCAACUGGGAGGCCUUCCUGAACAAGGCGGCCUACUGUCGUAAGACAAAAAGGGCGCUCUACCUCUGGCUCGGCGUGCCCUCUUCAGAUAUUCUGGAUGCUCGUCAUGCGGCGCCCUGGGCGACAUGUAGAGAUAGAAGGGAAGGGAACACGUUGAACGGCGUCAAAACGCUAGGUUUCCUGGCGCUCUUCGAGGGUCAGCAGCCGCCGGAUUCGGUGUUAUACGUGGACGCCGACGCCUGGUUCUCGGACGUCGCCUUUGCGAAUGACCAGGUGACGCCCGAGGCGUACCUCGCUUUAUCAUCAGAUUCGGAACUGCUGGGAAAUCAGAACAGGAUAGGAGGUCCCAAGAUCCCGAUGAACGGCGGCCUCAUCUUCGCGAGAAAAUCUCGAUUCACCUCCCAAUUCUUCGCGCUCUGGUGGCGCGGCCGCUGCGGCAAGAAGGACCAGCUGCCGCUCUGGGCGACGCUCUUCGCGAGCUGGUCGGCGGCGUCGGACGGCGCCUACGACUUCGAUAGUUCGCUGUUCGACCGCUAUGCCGUCGCGCACAACAAGCGGGGCGCGCUGCACGUCCUGCAGCGCGACGCGGCGCGCAUCCGGGCGCAGAGCGGCAUCACUGCUUUCGAUGGCGGAAGUUUCCGGGAGACCGGGCGCCUGCUCGAGAAGCCGCUCGCGCUGCCCCACGUCCUGUUGUUACCCUCGGCGCCCGUCGGGUCGCUGCCUGCUUUACGGUCCGACGCGGACGGGACGCGGCCGACCUUCGUCUGCCACACGCGC